CCAAACUCCACUACGUGUCAGAUCCUACGAACCCUGCGCAUCCCAACAAGUUCACGAUGUUUCACGAACACUCUGGCUCUGUUUCAAGCUCUCUCACUAGUCACUUCUAAAACCUGAGAGAGCACUCUCCAGUCUCUCGCAAACCUUUGUCACAUUCCCACGCAAAGGUUCAACCUUUUUCCUUUAAAUCUCUCCAAAUCCUUUGUGACUGAGAUUUCACCCAUCGAUUUACUUCCCAUAGCAACCUCAGCCAGUGUUCCGGCUAUGGCAUCCACAACGACGUCGUUCCCCGGGGUGAGCCUCGGUCUUUCGCGGUCGAUUCGGACCAACUGUUGCAAUAGGAAUGCUCUGUUCGUUCAGCCACCGCGGCUGAGCUUCUUUUCUGCCAAACCCAGAUCGCUAAAGGCCUUGAAGUCGCUGCCACUGAGCAGAAGCGGUGCGUUUCCAAAUGGGUUUGAGAGAUUUGGUCGGUCUUCGCGGUCGCUUGUUGUUCGCUGUGAUGCUUCAAGUGGAAGGAUUACCCAACAAGAGUUUACGGAUAUGGCAUGGCAAGGGAUUGUUUCGUCGCCAGAAGUGGCGAAAGAGAACAAGCAUCAGAUAGUGGAGACGGAGCAUAUGAUGAAGGCCCUCUUGGAGCAGAAGAAUGGGCUUGCUCGACGGAUUUUCUCCAAGGUUGGAGUUGACAAUACCCGCCUUCUAGAGGCCACAGAUAAGUUCAUCCAACGUCAACCAAAGGUUCUUGGUGAAUCAGCUGGUUCAAUGUUAGGACGUGAUUUGGAAGCCUUGGUUCAGCGAGCCAGGGAAUACAAGAAGGAGUAUGGGGACUCAUUUGUUUCUGUUGAGCAUUUGGUUCUUGGUUUUGCACAAGAUCAACGAUUUGGGAAGCAAUUAUUUAGAGAUUUUCAAAUAUCACUGCAAACUUUAAAAUCUGCCAUAGAAGCUAUAAGGGGACGCCAAUCAGUUAUUGACCAAGAUCCUGAGGGGAAGUAUGAGGCGCUGGAAAAAUAUGGAAAAGAUUUGACAGCCAUGGCAAAAGCAGGAAAGCUUGACCCAGUAAUAGGAAGAGAUGAUGAAAUACGCAGGUGCAUCCAGAUUCUUUCCAGGAGAACAAAGAACAAUCCUGUUCUAAUUGGAGAGCCUGGUGUAGGGAAAACGGCAAUUUCUGAAGGGCUUGCUCAAAGAAUUGUUCAAGGUGAUGUACCUCAGGCUCUAAUGAAUCGUAAGCUAAUAUCACUGGACAUGGGUUCACUCAUUGCUGGGGCAAAAUAUCGGGGAGAAUUUGAGGAUAGGCUCAAGGCUGUACUCAGGGAAGUUACAGAAUCAGAUGGCCAAAUUGUCCUCUUCAUUGAUGAGAUCCAUACAGUUGUUGGUGCAGGUGCUACAAAUGGUGCAAUGGAUGCAGGCAAUCUGUUGAAGCCUAUGCUUGGUCGAGGAGAGUUGCGUUGUAUCGGUGCAACAACCCUGAAUGAAUAUCGCAAGUAUAUUGAGAAAGAUCCAGCAUUGGAGCGUCGUUUUCAGCAAGUUUAUGUUGAUCAACCUACGGUUGAAGAUACCAUUUCUAUAUUGCGGGGACUACGUGAAAGAUAUGAGCUACAUCAUGGAGUCCGUAUUUCUGACAGUGCACUGGUGGAAGCUGCAAUCCUUUCAGACCGUUACAUCAGUGGCCGAUUUUUACCCGAUAAAGCUAUUGACCUAGUUGAUGAAGCAGCUGCCAAACUGAAAAUGGAAAUUACUUCAAAACCAACUGCCCUUGAUGAGAUCAACCGCUCGGUGUUGAAGUUGGAGAUGGAGAGGCUCUCUCUUCAAAAUGAUACAGAUAAGGCUUCUAAAGAUAGGUUGUAUCGGAUUGAAGCUGAGUUGUCUCUCCUCAAGGAGAAACAAGCCCAGCUGACUGAACAGUGGGAGCAUGAAAAGUCUGUCAUGACUCGCAUUCAGUCAAUCAAAGAAGAGAUUGAUAGAGUAAAUCUUGAGAUCCAGCAGGCUGAACGGGAGUAUGAUCUUAAUCGUGCUGCUGAACUGAAGUAUGGGAGCCUCAACUCUUUGCAGCGACAACUUGGAACUGCAGAAAAAGAGUUGGUCGAAUAUAUGAAUUCUGGAAAGUCAAUGUUGAGAGAGGAAGUUUCAGGAAAUGAUAUUGCUGAAAUUGUCAGUAAAUGGACGGGUAUCCCUGUUUCCAAGCUUCAACAAUCAGAAAGGGAGAAACUAUUACAUUUGGAGGAAGAGCUGCAUAAACGUGUUGUGGGCCAAGAUCCUGCAGUGAAAGCGGUAGCCGAGGCUAUUCAGCGAUCUCGAGCUGGUCUCUCAGAUCCGCGCCGUCCAAUCGCUAGUUUCAUGUUCAUGGGUCCCACUGGUGUUGGAAAGACUGAAUUAGCCAAGGCACUUGCUUCUUACUUGUUCAACACAGAAGAAGCUCUUGUUCGAAUUGAUAUGAGUGAAUACAUGGAAAAGCAUGCAGUUUCAAGAUUAAUUGGGGCCCCACCUGGGUAUGUCGGAUACGAGGAAGGUGGACAGCUGACAGAGAUAGUUCGCAGGAGGCCAUAUGCAGUCAUUCUCUUUGACGAGAUAGAGAAGGCCCAUUCUGAUGUGUUCAAUGUGUUCCUUCAGAUUUUAGAUGAUGGGAGAGUAACAGAUUCCCAGGGUCGCACUGUGAGUUUUACCAACACUGUCAUAAUUAUGACAUCAAAUGUGGGUUCACAGUACAUACUCAACACAGACGAUGACGUCUCACCAAAGGAAUUAGCAUAUGAGACUAUUAAGGAGCGGGUAUUGGAUGCUGCAAGAUCAAUCUUUCGUCCAGAGUUUAUGAACCGGGUUGAUGAGUACAUAGUUUUCCAACCUCUGGACCGUGAUCAGAUAAACAUCAUCGUCAAGUUACAGUUGGAACGAGUACAAAUGAGGCUUGCAGACCGGAAGAUAAAUAUCCAGGUGACCGAUGCAGCUGUUCAGCUUCUUGGAAAUCUUGGGUAUGACCCAAACUAUGGUGCUAGGCCAGUCAAGCGAGUGAUUCAACAGAAUGUUGAAAAUGAACUUGCAAAGGGCAUCUUGAGAGGAGAGUUCAAGGAUGAAGACACUGUGUUAAUAGACACUGAAGUCACAGCAUUUUCUAAUGGCCAGCUCCCCCAACAAAAGCUAGUUUUUAAGAGGCUUGAAACUGGAACAGAAACUGUAGCUCCAGAGGACAGAGAAACUGUAGCUGCAGAGGCCAGCCCGCCAACUCUUUGAGCUUCUUGUAUUUAGUUUCAUUAUACGUAAGGUUUUACGCAAAAUUUUGUCCAAAGUUUCUCUUCCUGUGUAUUACUCGUUUUCUUUUAGAAAUUACAAGCUUUGAGUUAUUCAAUGGUUGAUAUAUAUUAAGGCAGCGUUUUACUAAGAGGUUGCCAAGGAUUCUCACUGUUUUCUUAGAAUUAUUAGUACAUGCUACUUGGUUUGUGCCUA